AGAACCAAAACCUUUUCCAAUCUAGAGGAGCCACGACUUUUGUAUAUAUAAACAUCACAGAAAUAUAGAUUAUUACAGAGAGAAAUGCUGAAUUUUUCAAUCUUCUCUGCCGCCACGGAUGCAAUGGCAUGGAGAGGAUUGGCGUACACUGUGUUCAUACUGCAUUUCGUGCUGGUUUGUCAGCUCCGCCUUCUGCACCCCGUCGUUUCUGCUUUAGAUGGAACGCCAGGAAAUGCUGCUGAGUUGUUUGAGAGGGUUUCACAGAGCAUAAAAGAGAAGCAUUACAGUCAGGCACUCAAUGAUCUUAAUGCUGCUAUUGAGGCAGAUCCAUCACUUUCAGAAGCAUACUUUCAUCGUGCAUCUGUUCUCCGUCAAUUGUGCCGAUAUGAGGAAUCUGAGAAGAGCUACAAAAGGUUUGUGGAGCUAAAACCUGGAAAUUCAGUGGCUGAAAAGGAGCUUUCUCAAUUGCACCAGGCUCAAAGUGCUUUAGAAUCAGCACUCAGUCUCUUUGAUUCUGGAGACUAUACAAAAGCUUUAGAAUAUGUAGACAAAGUUGUCCUUGUUUUUUCUCCAGCAUGUGCAAAGGCUAAGCUUCUCAAGGCAAGUUUGUUAUUAGCAACAAAAGACUAUUAUGGCGCAAUAUCAGAAACUGGGUACAUUCUCAAGGAGGAUGAAAAUAAUCUUGAGGCAUUACUCCUUCGUGGCCGUGCAUAUUACUAUUUAGCAGAUCAUGAUGUUUCUCAAAGGCAUUACCAGAAAGGUCUCCGCCUUGAUCCAGAGCAUGGUGAACUGAAGAAAGCAUACUUUGGAUUGAAGAACCUGCUCAAGAAGACUAAAAGUGCAGAAGAUAAUGUUAACAAGGGUAAGCUGCGCCUUGCUGUAGAAGACUUCAAAGGAGCUCUUGCAUUGGACCCCAAUCAUCUUGCACAUAAUGUACAUCUUCACCUUGGGUUGUGUAAGGUCUUGGUCAAACUUGGGAGAGCCAAGGAUGCUUUAAGUAGUUGCAGUGAAGCACUUAACAUUGAUGCGGAGCUAACUGAAGCUUUAGCUCAGAGGGGUGAGGCUAAACUUUUAGCAGAGGAUUGGGAAGGAGCUGUGGCAGAUAUGAAAGCUGCAGCUCAAAAAUCACCUCAGGAUGUGAGCAUACGUGAAGCACUUAUGAGGGCUGAGAAGGCUCUGAAAAUGAGUCAACGCAAAGACUGGUAUAAAAUUCUGGGAGUUUCAAAGUCAGCAUCUGUAUCUGAAAUAAAGCGUGCUUACAAGAAGUUAGCCUUGCAAUGGCACCCAGAUAAAAAUGUAGACAACAGAGAAGAGGCAGAGGCCAAAUUCCGAGAGAUUGCUGCUGCAUAUGAGGUGCUUGGGGAUGAGGAAAAGCGAACAAGAUAUGACAGGGGAGAGGACAUUGAAGACAUGGGUAUGGGGGGUGGUGGUGGUGGUGGUUUCAACCCUUUCGGUGGUGGGGGGCAGCAAUUCACCUUUCAUUUUGAAGGAGGCUUUCCUGGCGGGUUUGGAGGAGGCUUCCCUGGUGGGGGAUUUGAUUUCCAAUUUUGAUUUGGUACAGGUACUGCACCUAACACCAAUCUGCCUAAGCCUGACAGCAACGGGUGGCAUGUAACUUACAUUGAUAUUGGCUUUUCAACAGGAACAUUAUAUUCUUUAGCAAAAUUUUGCCCCUUUGAAUAUCCCCAUUUUGGAAUUUGUAUCAGAUUACAGUAAGAAAUCGAUUAGCACAUAAUUUAGUUAGCAGCUGCUUGUACAUUUCCUCUUUGAAGAACUCAGAAUCCUCAAGAUACCAUGAACUAUUCUUUCCCCCAUAAAGGAUUUAAUAAGAU